CACGCCGGUGGUCCUCGGAGCGCUCCGGCUGGGGAGACGGGGUCGGCCACUGCCAGAAGCCUGAACGGGACGUGCUCUCCGCGCCGGGGCUCGGAGCCCCCCAAGCCGGUGGAUCGCGGGUCGGGACCCGGCGCCGAGGACAAAACAGCCAAAUUAAAGCCCCCGGCCAUCACCAACAUCGCGUCGGAGGCUGCCAAUCCCACCUCCCCACCCCCUGCGAAGAAACUCGCCCUGUCUGCCAAGAAGGCCAGGCCCAAUGGGAGUCCCAGCAGCAGUGAUGUGCCGCCCUCCCAGCCACGCCCCUUGUCCAGUGACCUCACGCUUUCAGAUCAUCCACCCCUGUUGGUCUCUACCCCGCCAAAUCACAAACCUCGGAUAGUUCCAUUUCAUUCGCUCAAGUCAUCAUCUUUGCCUGGACCCGCCUCCCACUCAGCCCCGAGCAGAAGCUCUCACCCUGUCCCCACGGAAACGAGCCCCCUGCCCGGACAAUCCUCCCUGGGGACUGGAAUGGGAGAUGCCCCUUUCAGCCCUGCACUGAAGAGGAAGAGGAGGAAGAAGAAAAAACGGCAUCACUCCGAGAUGGGCGAUGGGCAGCAACCACCACCGGGACAACCCGAGGCCCAGGAAGAGGAGACGUCAGUCUGUGAGGAGAGGAGGAAGAAGAAAAAGAAGAAAAGGAAGAGGGAGGAGGAGGAAGAGGAGGAGGGACCUGCUGCCUGUCCGGCCCAAGACCUCGUAUCGCACCUGGAGCCGCUGGUGGGCGAGCCCUGGAGCGUCACAGCUGACCCGUGGGAGCAGACCGGAGAUGCAGUAAGGCUGAAGAAGAAGAAGAGGAAGAGGAAACGUGACAAGGGAUUGGAGGAAGCCAUGAGUCCGUGCUCGGCCGCAGAGAGGCCAGCGGCGGAGGAAGCAGCGACCGAGACGAGCACAGUGGACGUGGCUGAACUGCUUCGGCAGAAACUGGAAAGGAGGAAGAAGAAGAAGAAGAUGCUGAAGGAGAAGAGAGUGUGUCCCAGAGACCCGGAACCUUCCCCUCAGGAGCCUUCUGAAGAGGUGAAGACUGCUGGCUGCAGUCAAGCAGCGACCGUGAUCGUCUGGGACAGCCAAGCCCGGGACGGGUACAAGCACACGCAGGAAUCGCAGGGCCCCAAAACCGCACAGUCUGUCUGGGACGGUGCCAGGACCAGCACGGUGGUGGAAGAGCUGCUCCGGAACUCCGAGGACAGAGCGUACGGGAGCCAAGUUCUCACCUGGGACGGAGAGCUUUCAGCGAUCAGCCGGGAAGCCAUGGAGGACGCACGAAACGCCAAGCAGGACACCAUGAUCGACGAGUGGGACGAGGAGUUCGACAGAGGCAAGGUGAAGAAAAUGAAAAAGUACAAGAAAGAGAGGAGAAGGAGUGGCAACAUCUUCCAGAAGGUCCAAGACCGGAGGAACAUGUGGUCCGUCACCGGAGGGAAGAGGAGCGGAUUCGGAUACCGCCACUGAGCCAGAAGUGUCCCAGACUCCCCCUUCCUGCCGGAACAUGGUCGAGCCUCUCCUGAAGAUUCCAGCUAGCCGCCGGGAUGUCCAGGCUGACGGGACGGCUGUAUCGUGAGCCGGUUCUGUUUAUCCAAGGAGCAGUGAUGGUUAACGGGGUCACUGGUGGGCACCUCACCCACCCCGAAAUACAUUGAACAGCAGCAAACGGGUUUACAUCAUACAGGGUUCCGUGCAUUACCGGCAUGGUGUCGGUGACGUUCCCUCCUACGGUGGACCGGACCCAUCGGUCGCUGUGGCAUUGUCUUAUUGCUACGAUCAUGCCUGCUGUUUCUCUCUUCAGCCGUGAGCUGCAGCGACGGAGCCCUGCGUCGAUUCCGAUAGAAGCUGAAAUUAAAUAAGGAAAUGACAACACUGAAGGCUGGACGCGUGUUUGAGGGUCUGGCCGAUGUCAUUGGGUGGCAGGUUCCCUACGGGACAGCAUGUGGCAUGAAGCGGUGGGCAAACGGGAAUCAACUUUAAUGCCCAACUCCCCUCACUUAGUCCCCUACUUUGUGUUUAGUUUCUCUCUUUAUUGAAAGUCACAGAACACAAAUUUGACACCCUAGACGUAGAUGGACUUUGUGGUGUGACAAAGACCACAAUUAUGUCUUUCCCUCCAUCUCAGUUCAGCUGCUGUUGUGAUGGUUCCCUUACUGACACUCAUAUGAAGACAGCUACAGUGAGCCACACCAUAUCAAUGUGAGAUAUAGGGUUAUUUUAUAUUUUCAUAUCAGUUCACUGGAAUGCAUUCUGUAGAUGUGCAUAUAUGCAUAUAUAAUAUAAUAUAUAGACACACUAAAUGGAUUUGUAUUGAUAAACAGACGAUUGUAACGAUUUAAACGACAUUCACUUCUUCAUGUAGUGUGUUUCUUUUCUUUUCCUCUUGUGAUGUACGUGUUUGAUGCAUUUAAGCAUAUCUGAUUGAAAGCAGGGGCGGAUCGCGGCGCGUAAACAGGAAGCUGACCACGAAAGCAGCCGCCUGUCGGCCCGGAGAGGUUACCUCGGGUCGCUGGGGCUUUUUGAUCUUUGCAUCCGUUGAACAUGUGCGGAUCGCUCGAGCGAGGAAGAGUCUCGGUGUAUACCUUAUUCUGAGCCAUAACGAUGUCGAUUUUUCAUAAACUUACGUUUUUCACCCCUCCUCCCCUUUGCUGAAGCAUUGUGAAACUGUCAGUUUGAACCAGGGAUUACAGUUGUGGUUUGACUUCUUACCUUCUGAUCGGUUUAGCUGAAUGGUGUGUCUAUAUGUGACGGCGAUUUGACGAGAGGGAAACACCAAAGUUUUUUUUUUUUGAUGGUUUAAUGUACCACAUUUUGGAGCGGGGCUUUAGAAUGGAGUUGGAAUUUGUUCCCUUCAUCUACAGUUGCAGGCGUUUGUUUCCUCUGCAAUCUACCUCCCAUAUUUGUACACGUUUUCCUGCACAGCUCCUGCCUUCGGGAGAGCAGGUGUAAACUCCGCUUUCCAUUCGCUGUUGGGUCCAGCGCACAGAACGGAUCGGGAUUAUCCACGUCAUCAGGGAAAAUGAUGCAUGGGGGGGAAGAUUCCCAGUGAUUCUAUUGUCAUUUUAAAGUAACAUUCAUAUUCUAUGUAUAUUUCCUGUAUAUAUUUGAGUUACAAACGUGGCAAAUUAAUAUUUACGCGCUAUGGAUUAGUUGCAUACACACUUUCUACAGUUAUCCCCCAACCGUUAGUUCAGUAGCCCUUUCCGUCUGAUUGGUGCAGCUGGGAGGGCUGACUGUCCCUCCGCCGGCCUCCCCAAAGUAGGGAAUUAGCGGAGGUUCUGGAGCGGCUCAUUUGCGCGUACCGAGAAUCUGGAUCCUUCCGGUUUACUGUGUUGGGAAGCUCAUGCGUCGCGUAGACCUAGCAAGCCUUGGGUUUUCAAAACUGUGUUCCGGUUCCUAAUCUAUGCAAUUUUUGACUGCACGAUUAAACUGAUAACUUGAGAUUGUAUGAUGGUCGUACACACACACACACACACACUUCCCCCAAAGCCUACACCGACUGCUGUAUUACGAUCUCCCACAUUCUGAACAUUCAUGCUCUCCUACUUCACAAACAUCUCCGGGAUCUUCCAUGGAACUGGGCAAAAACUUAUUACCUGUGAAGUAAUGGAAUAAAUGCUUUGCUAGUGUAUAUCUCAUACAUGCACAUUGUGCUUGUGAUACCAGUACAACAAAAUGCAGUUCGGAUAUUACAAUCAUUUGAACCAUUUAAACUUGAGGUAAGAAAUUUAAAUGGGUUGUUGGGCUGUAAUUUUAGAAUUUAACAAAAAAGUGUUCGGGGGGUAAACGCAAUGUAUUUGGUAUUGACCUCCUAUGCCUUUACUGUAGUGCAGUACAGUAAGCAACUUGUGGAAACACAAAUCGUGUGUUCGGUAGAUUGUAUGAAUGUUUUGUGUGUAAUUAUCGGGGAGUAGAAUUGUUAAGUAUUCAUAAGUGACCCUUUUUUUAAAAGAAAUUCUGAUUCUAACCCAUGUAUGUAGUUUGCAUUGUAUUUUGCACAGUUUCGGAUUUAAAAAAAUACCUUUUAUUAAUGUAGGAACUAUUGCAAAAGAAAAUACAAACGUGCAAUAAAAUUCUGUGAACAUGUUUGUUCGA